CGUAGAUAUCACUAUCUUCUAUUCUUACAAUGAUCACAGAACGAAUGAAACGUCUCUCAGAUACACGGUGGUGAACGCUUGCACUGAUACGUGCAUUCGAUAUCUCAGGAUUAUUCUGUAGUCUGAAUUGAAGAUGCUGGUUUUCCGUUUGGGACGAAUUCAAACUUUUUAGAGAAAGUUUUUGGAAAAGUUUAAUGAAAACUUUUUGUUCCAGAAGCAUCGAAAAAUUUAAUUCUCCGGAAAGAGUAGAGGCUUUUCAGACUCGUGCUUUCUGACUUAUUAUCCUCGAGGAGAGAGCGAACUUUGUUGAAGUAAAAAUCUUUCUAAUUAUUUCCAAAUAGUGCAGAAUUCUCCUUAAACUAUUUCAUAUUGGAAAAUCCAGACAGAACUUAGAAUUUUCGACUUGCUCUGAAAUUAGAAUUAGGACUAAUAAGAAUUUGUGUCGUGUUUCACUGUAAAAGGAAUUUUCCCGCAUCAACAGGUAUUCUUCCACAUACACUUAGAAAAAGUUUUGCUUUCCUCUAUUUUUCGUCGGAAUUACUAUGAUGAUCUUUGAAAACGAAAGUAAUUGACGUAGCUGAAAGAUUUUAUAACCUCGGAAAACUUUGGAUAAGAAAAUAGUGUGUUCUUACUUGCUAGCUAAAUCAUCUAGAGAAUUUUUCAGAAAUUUAUGUUUUUCGACCUCACACCACACAAAUAUAAUGGAAAAUUCUACUUCCCUACUUCAACUAAAAAUUUCGUGUAAUGGACAUAGCUUAUGCUAUAAUGAUUGCUUGAUGCUUAUUUUCUAAGAAUAAGACAUAGUAAGACUCGACGUCUCUGAAAAUUAUAUUUCGUCAUUUUGAACUUAAAUUUACAUUUAAUAAAGAAUAUAAGACGAAAACAUUUAAGUACUUCAAAUAAGUUUUGAUUGGAAAUUGAAAUUUUAAAAAGAAAAAGAGAAGGUUUCUCAUUGAUCCAGAAACUUCUACCAGUUGUUCGAGAACUGAUAUAGACUUCGACACGAAAAACCGAACAAUCACUGGCCGAAUUUGAGAAUAACCUCGGGUGAUGUCAAAAAUGACAGCGAAAACGAUGAUAAUCUGGCUUAUCGCCUCAGCAUUAUCGGUGGCCCUUCUUCCCUUCUUGGCGAAUGCUGAUGAAAUUUCCAAAGAUAUCCAAUUUGAUGAUGAAGAUGUUGGCUCGGAGGAGAGCAACGAACUUCAUUUCAACUCCAGGGACCAGGGAUGGUCCGAGUGGAGCGCCUGGAGCUCUUGUUCCAGAAGCUGCAAUGGGGGCGUCUCAUACCAAAUACGGAAGUGCGAGAGGAAAUCGGGAUGUGAGGGUGAGAGCACGAAAUACAAAAUCUGCAACAUGCAGGCAUGCCCUGAUUCACAAGAUUUUCGCGCCGCUCAGUGUUCAGCCUACAAUCCUGUUCCGUACCGCGGUCGCCUGUACGAGUGGCUUCCUUAUCAGGAUCCUGAAGACCCUUGCAGCCUCACCUGCCACGCCAAAAGUUACAGUUUCGUCGCCAAGCUGGCGCCGAGUGUCAAGGAUGGGACUAGGUGCAGGGAAGGAUCUCUGGAUAUGUGCGUUCAAGGAAAAUGUAUGCAAGUGGGAUGCGACCUCCAACUAGGAUCGGAGAAGAAAGUGGACGAGUGCGGCGUGUGCGGGGGCGACGGAUCCAGCUGCCGGCGAUUGGUGUACGUCUGGGGAAAGACGCCCUUCUCCCCGUGCUCCGUCUCUUGCGGUGGAGGUUACCAAAUGUCACGACCUACCUGUUUGAAUAAAGCCAAUGAGAAGGAAGUGGACGAACGCCUUUGUGACAUCGCUGCUAGACCCCUGCCGGAAAUUAAGGAGUGCAACUCUCAUAAAUGCCCACCAGUAUGGGUGACGGAUAGCUGGAGCCCUUGUUCCGCCUCGUGUGGGGGCGGCCGACAAUCUAGGCAGGUUCACUGCGCCCAAAUGGGCUCGGACGGCGUGAGGAUCCCAGUCCUCUCUAACCAAUGUCUGAGACAGAAGCCCUUGACGGAGCGCCCCUGCAAUUUGGUGCCCUGCCCGCAGUGGGUGAGUGGGCCGUGGUCUGGGUGUUCGGUGACCUGCGGCAAAGGGCAGAAGAUUCGCUCCAUAUCGUGCAAAGAUGCGAAGGGGCAGCACAGCGAGGACUGCGACAUGGAGACGAUGCCGGCGACCAAGCAGGAGUGCGACAGCGGCCUCAUCUGCAGCUCGCACGAAGAUACGGGAACUUAUUUCUCGGAUGUUUUCAAAGGAUCUCAAGAAGACGCACCUCCCAGGCAACCCUAUUGGUCUACAUGGCCCAAGAAAAUCUCAGAUGUCUCCAGUGAACCUAGUUACGUAGUUGGUGAGUGGGGUCCUUGCAGCACGACCUGUGGACAAGGAUUUCGUAACAGAACAGUUAACUGCAAAAUAUUCCUCGAAUUUUCUCGCACCAUAGCCACAAUACAUGACUACGAAUGUCCCGGAACAAAGCCAGUUAGCAUCGAAAGCUGCUACCCUCGUCCGUGUUCCUUCGAUCUGAAUAAACCAGAGGAUCGAAAAAAGUAUAACAAAAAUCACGUUGGCAUUGAAGUGACCUACUCAUGGAGAGUUAACGGUUUCACUCCUUGCAGUGCAACUUGCAAAGCAGGAACACAAGAAUCCAUAAUCCAGUGCGUCCGAGAUCAUGAUCAAGCUGUUGUGAAGGCGACCCAGUGCGAUAUCAGCAAGAAACCCGAAGCCAAGACUCAGUUUUGUAACGACCAUCCUUGCCCUCCGAGAUGGAACAUUUCGGAUUUCAGUCCGUGUUCUAAGCCUUGUGGAGGCGGUGAAAUGACUCGAAAAGUGCAGUGUAUCCACGAAGUGCUGAGGGGUCCUGCCAGCACUCUGGUAGUCAGCAACGACAACUGUCCCCAACCACCACCGUUAGAAAAGCAAUUCUGCAAUGUCUUCGAGUGCCCUUCGAGGUGGAAAGUGGAACCCUGGUCAAAGUGUUCCAAAAGUUGCGGUGGUGGUGAAAAAGUCCGGAAGAUCCGAUGCAUGAAAGAGAAGGCUUUUGGUCAGGUAGUUGAAUUAGCACCGUCCCAGUGUCCCAAGCACCGGCCGAAGAUUCAGAAAGUGUGCAAUAGCAAGCCUUGCCCGGUGGGAGGCCAUAUCGUCCCCUCUAACGAAAACUAUGUGCAGCAGUUUCCUACAAAGACGGUCAAUCUCAAAAUCGGCAGCAAAGCGGUGGUGUUCGCUGGAACGAACCUCAAAAUUGGAUGCCCUCGCAAACACAACUCCACAAUGGUUUUGUGGUAUAAAGACAGCGAACAGAUUGAACCCACGAAACGCCUGAAAGUGUCCAUGAAAGGCGCCCUGCGGAUUCGGAAAGCCUCGCUGAAAGACAGCGGCAAAUACACCUGCGUUUCUGGGUUUUCUAAAGAAGAUAUCUUCAUCACUGUGAAGCCUAUGCCGCCUAUACCACCGAUGCCUCCGAAAAUGGACGAAGAGAGAACGGUGGAAAAUAUCCAGCCUACAUUUAUUGGCACGAAAGACAGGACAUCAGAAGAACGAUACAGUCACGAAAAAAGCAGGCCAUAUAAUCCACCUGAUACCAAAAUUCACGAUCGUUAUGGAAAGAAUCGACAAAAUAAAAACAUUAAUAAACCCAAAACAGAUUUUGAUAACAGUAUCGAAGGAACCAUUGAAGACAAUCACCGGCAAUUCCAUUAUAAACCAAGUUUAACAAAUAAUCAAGGGAGUCACCAGGACUUCAAUAACAAAGAGAAAACCUUUUCGACAGAAGAAACAAUUUUCGAAUUCAGCACACUGGGGAGAGUUCCUCUCUACAUACAAGCUCGAAAUACAGCCAAACCACAAACAGUCGAUCCGACUGUCAAGCCAGUGGAUUCAGAUGAACUCGUACCGCACAGCAGAGGUCACGAUUAUGACAAGGAUCGGCAAAAGCUGAAAUCCAAAACCUACGGAGACACAACUUCGGAAGAGAAACUACCCAAUCAGGUCCUUCCUCCGCCCAGGUACGGGGACACCUGGAAGCAGACGUAUGAUGGGGCGCAGAGGGCCAAGAAUAAAUAUAAGGAGAUACAGUUCGACCGCAAUGACCUCGUCUCCGAUCAGGAAGAAUUAAACGUCGGGACUCCUCAUGGAGGCAAAGGAUUUCCAGGACCUGUUGAGUCCGGAGCUGGUAGUAUCCACGGUUCCUCGCACAUCAAGAACCUUCUGAUGAACCUGCCGUCCCUAAGCACAACCAGAGGGGCGUUUAGCGGUCACGAUUCGGAUCUGGACCGAGAAUCGGGAGAUGCCAGCCACGAGGAAGAUUCCUUCUUUCCUAAUCCCACGAGAAUGGUGGCGAACAGUUUCAUCUUGGGCAAAGGCAAAGCUGAAAAUCUGCAGUUCGAGUGGAUUUUAACCGACUGGUCGCCCUGUUCGAAAUCGUGCGGUGCAUCAGGAAUACAAGUGAGAUCUUCCCAGUGUUUUGUGAGGCUCAACAAUGUAUCGAAGCCAGUGGACAGCAGUCUGUGCGAGGAUGCUGGUCUCCCUGCCCCCACAAACGUACAGAGCUGCGGCUAUGAAGACUGUCCUCACUGGGAAACCGCACCGUGGUCUCCAUGCCUAGAGACGCAGUGCUUUACGUGGCACACAUCGUACGAGAAGCGUGCCAUCUUCUGUCGGUCGUCCAACGGGACGGACCUCCCCCUUUCCCUCUGCGACGAGAAGACGCGACCGAGGCGGAAAAGAGAAUGCUACAAUAGCAAGUGCAGGAGCACGUGGAGAGUCGGAGAGUGGUCCGAGUGCACGGCCACCUGCAGUCGCCAAGGCUUCCAGAGCCGAAUUCUACAGUGUGUCUGGUACGGGAGCUCGAGACCUGCCGGCAAUGCCUGCCGUGAUCAACAGCGGCCCAUUGUGAUGCGGCCCUGCAAAGGCCCGCCUUGCCAGUCGAGUGAACGGCAACUGCACUGACCGCUCCAGUUACUGCAGCUUAGCAAAAACCUUACACUUGUGCCGCCUCAGUCGCUACCAUCUCCAAUGUUGUGAAUCGUGCAGAACUCGGGAAAGUAAAGGUUAAAGACUUUUCAAACCUGAAGCGGCCGACUGGACUCAACAACAAAUACAUGUGACUUAUGAAAAUAUAUAUACAUAUAUAUGUAUACAUAUACCAUUUGUGUAUAAAAUUCUUGAUGGAUCCAAAGGAUUUGAUCACCUUAAUUAAUAGGGAAAAAAAGAACGAUUCUGGACUGUUUCAAUGAACAAUUUUCAUCAAGAAAUAGCGAUGUUGAGCAAGGGUUGCCACCGGAUUUUUUACGUAAAUAUGGAAAUUGUUACAUCAUCUCUUCCAUUGAGUGCUUGGGUGUUUUUUACAAGAAUUAUUCCUACGUGGAAAAAAUGUAACUUUUUAUAUAAAUAUUUAGAUUUUAUGGGGAGCGCCUCGUGAUUUCUCUCAAAGGUGUAAAAUUCUAAUUGCAAAAUUCAUAAGCAAAGUCAUUCGAAUAUAGGCUUAAUAUCAGUUUUAAACUUGACAAGUUAACGGAUCUAUUUAAUUAUUGUAAUUAAUGUAAUGACUUUAUUACUUAAAGAUGGUGCUUUAAUGAUCCUGACAGUUUCAUUUCUCUGAUUUUUAAUAAUAUGAAAGAAAACUUUAAUGAACGUUUCGACUCUCUUUCUUUAUAAUAAUUAAAAUAAAAGUCAUCCAUCUAUAUGCUUGAUCAAGAAUGCAUUCUCUACUCCCAAUUAUUGCUUGACAAAUGUAUCUAUCCGGAAUAAAUGCAAAAUUUUAAAGUUAUUAAGUCCAUUUAACAAGUUUUAGAAGUUAACUUUUAAAUUCAGAUGUAUUCACAGAUUAGGAAAAUGUCUGCUAUUUUGAAUUUUCACAUUCACGGUUUGUCUCUGAAAUAAAUUCGCUUGUUGAUGGUGGCAACCCUGGUUCGGUCUUAAAUUCUCCACUUUCUUCAGUUUCCUUACUGAACCUGUUAAUAGUCUAAUUGCUAACAUCAGUGUAAUUGUCUUUGGUAUUAUAAUUGCAAAUGUUAUUGUUGCGACACAAUUUUCACCAAAGAAAACUCACAACUUUAUAAUUUAGCUGUCCUCUCUCCUUUGGAAAAUAAUUUCAUUUAUAGUCCAUAUGAAAUACUAUUCUAUUUUUGAUGUUAUGUUGCAUAAAAUGAUAAAUGGUUGCUGUCGGUUGCACUUAUCAUUUUCUUAUGAAAUUAUGAAUUAAUAUUCUAUGUUCCCUUGCUGAUUUCAGUAGUUUAAGCAGUAAAUAAAUAUAUGAUGAUCGCAUUAUAAUUUUUAAAACAAUUGGAUGGAGAUUAAAAGAAAUUGAAUUAAAAUGGCUGAAGCAUAGAAUACGUAUGAUUCAAUAGAAUAUAUAUAAACUAUAAUGCGACAGCUCUAUCUUUUAUAUCCAUGUAAAAAUAUUAUUUGUAGUUUUAAAAUAGAUUGAAAUUUGUUUUUAUGAUUGAUUUUGAUUUGUUUAAUGGUAAUUAUAGUAGCUGUACUGUUCUUUGUAAAAACCUAAGAAAGGUAGCAAUCGCGAUUAAUUUUUAUUACAUUUAAACUUCAUUUCUCCUAUAAGCAUUAAUUUAUAUUUUAAAAUUCUCAUCAUAAUAACCAAAAAUUAAACUUCCUCGGCUAUCAAAACUUAAAUAUGUGUCAUUUCUGAAAAUUUGAAGCGUAAAAGUGGCUGACGUUCUAGAAAUAAGUAAAGAGCAAUACUAGGAAAUAAUUUUUAUGGACUAUUUUAUUUAACAAAUAAAGUAGUCCAGAAAAUUCAUUCAUAAAAAAAAUAUUUAAUGAGACUCACCCAAUAAAUAAGAUAAACUGAUCAUUUUUUAAUUAUAUGAUUGUAAUUAUAUGAAUUGGCUAAAGUGUAUAUGAAAUCGCUAUUGAAAACAAAUACUAGUUUCUUUUUAAAAUGAAAUUUUUUAUUAUUUUAAAGGUGUCUUUAAAAGUCUUUUUUCCAAACAAUGAAAAUCUUGUCUCUUUUUUAAUUGCUACCUUCCUUUCUUAUGGUUUUUAUUUGUAAUUUUUUACACUAUAUAUAAUAUAUAUUUAAGGAUCAAUGAAUAUUCACGAAAUAAAGUGAAUAGUUUUUUAUUUUAUCAACCUCUAAGCUUACUUUUGUGUUUAUAUAAUGAAAUUAUUUUGUUUUUGCAACAAUCAUGCAAAGGGAACUAACUCAACUCUGAAUCUUUCUUCAAUAAUAAAAGUAAACCGAUUGUGCGUCAAAUGCGCGUGGACGUUAAGAAAAGCGUUAUCGCUUGCCUCCCAGUCAGAUCUGCGACUCAAAAGAAUGAGUAUAUAUUCGUGGCCUCUCAUUAAACACUUUCGUUAAUAGUUUUAAAUUAAUGUGUAUUUUUUAUCUUUUAUGAAUUCAAUAAAUUUAAAUGGUCUUAAAGGAGUCAAAAAUGACAUUUAGCUGUUGUAAUAAAUGAUAUUUUUAAGCUAUUUGAUCUCUUAGAAUUUUCUUCACCACCCUAAUAUCUUAGGCAAUUAAAUUUUUAUUGUUUUGGAUAAAGAACAACCGAUACCAACCACUGAAAAAUUAAAUGCUGCUCAUCACGAAUGGAGCUUGAAAAGACUUCAAAAUAAAAAGAUCCUUUCCCCUUUAAACUUUCCAAGCUCUACUUGCUGAUGAAUAUUAACAUCAACUUGCUGUUUGUGAAUUUUUUUUUCAAAUGAGCUUAUAGUUAAUGACAUACCUCACCACAUGUAUCUGAAACAUACUAUUUAGCAUUCCAUAUGUUACUUUCCAAUAUGAGAGUGUUUCAUAAAAUGUGUAUGGGUUGUAUAAACAUUCCAUUAGUAAUUGUGAACUUUUUUCAUAUUUAAAACUCUUCUCAUAUAAAAGAGAACACUAGACAGGAAAACGAAUGCUUUUAAAUUGCUUCUCUUUUCCAUUUUGAGCUAAGUGUAGAUUUUUUAUGAUUUGUGAAAUGAUUCUUAAAAGUUAAAUGUUGUACUAAAUGCAGACAAUCACAAAAUUACGCAAUCGUUUUGUAAAGGUCAUCUGCUGCCUUUUGAACAAAAAGAAAAAUGAAAGAAAUUGCACACGUUUUACUUUUAGUUGGAUCAACGUAAUUUGGUUUUGAGAUUUCAAAGGGGGAGAAUGUGAUAGUUAAUGUUGGAACAUAUCAAAAAUUCAAGCUUUCGAACUAACUUAUUCAAAGCAAAAUAAGCUGUGUCUUAAAGAAAUAUAGUUCAGUCUGUCAUAUCAUGGCUUAUGAACGAACUAUUCGCUUCUAAUCAAUGUACUUGAUAUAUUUCCGACAUAAUAGGCUUAUUUUAUUAUUUUUAUAUAAUUUUUAUUUUUGGCAGUGUGUACAAUUUACAGAAAACCAUUUAUUAUAAGCAAAUAUAAUAGAAAAAAUAAUGUAAAAUUUUCUUAAUUUCUAAAUGGACAUUAAUCAAUCUAAGAUGCUUUGCACAAAGUAUAAAAAGAUUAAAAUAUAUAUUUAAAAAUUCAAAUCAAUAAUGGUAUUUCCAUCAAUAAAACAUGUUAAUUUAAAUUAUCAGUAUCUCUUAUGGAAAAAAUAACUUUUGUUAUGAGAAAAUUAAAUCAUAUAAUAUGUAUUCCGUUACCCUUCUUUUUUUCUUUUUGUAAAAGAAAGUUUCAAAUGUUUUUCUUAAAAUAAAAGCAUUGUUCUGCUUUUCCACUUUGCAACAUUUUUAAGUAGAAAAAUAAAAUCUGAAAAAGUAAUUUAAAAUUAGCAGUUGCAUAUAAUUAUCCUAUCAUUUGAUAUUUUUAAAUUUACUGAAAACGGCGUAAGAAAUACCUAGUAUAUUCCAAGCAUAGCAAAAAUAUGAAAUUAUUUCUAAAAUAUUAAAAAAAAUCUCUUAAAUUGAUUAUUUUAUUUAAAAUUUAAAACACACACUGCCUUUUUAAAAAUAAAUUUUAAAAAUUAUGUUUUAGCAAACAAACAUGUAAAGAAACCAAAAUUAGUUAUGUUUUUUUAAAUCGCAGCCUCCAAAACAAGAGAUUCAGAGCAGAAUUCUACGAGCGAAGUCUUAAAUCCAAACUAGAAUGAUAUUUUUAAUCCCCGGAUAAUACUGCACAGAUGUUUUAUUGUUUAAAAAAAUUCUUCAGAUUUUAUUUAAGAAGGCAAAUAAAUGACCAAUAGAAUUCCAAAUUUCAUGAAUUUUUAUAAGAGUUUUCCAUAAAUUCACGAUACGAAGCCGAAUUAUGCAUCUUAAAUCCUACCCACAAUGCAUAUGAAAAUAUUUUUAAGAUGGAAUUUGCUUGCUCAUAAACAAUUAAAAUUUUAAAGAAAAUUAUAAAAUAAUCACGAAGUAUGUAACAUUUCCAUCACAAAAAAAAGUAUAUUGUUUGUUUUUAUUUCAUAUUAAUUUUUUUUUUUCUUGCGAAAAACAUGGUGUAAAACUUGUUCAUUUUUAGUUGUAUGUAGGAAUUAUUAUUGUGAUGUGUGCUUUGUAUCAAGAUCAAAUAAAAGUUUCUUGAUGUGUUCU